UAAUUCACGAAAUCCUUUGGAAAAAGAAAGGAAGAACGAAUAUCAUGCGAUGGCUUUCUCAUCGGCUGCUUCGUCGUUUGGUAUACAACAACACAACUUCUCUUUUGAGAAUUGGAUAUUCUAAUGAGUGGAUUUCAAACUUUCAAAAGGCGGACAGUUGGAGUUAUACUUCUUUUUCAUGGUUAAAAACUCGUGGACAAAGUGGUUAUCGUUUGGGUGGUGCACGCUUUUCCACUCAGUCCAAGUUAUCCGAAGAAGAAACAGUUUUGUUUAAACAUCGAGAAGUAUUCCUGUAUCGUUUUGCUAACCUCAUACCAUUGGGACAGUUGGCUUUUUCUAUUUAUGCUGGUUAUUUGUUUUUUGGUCCGCACUAUAUUCACGGAAUUCCUUCUUCUGAUCAAACGAUUGGUGUGAGUUUGGUAGUGUACUCUGUAUUUAUGGGUAUUUGUAUGACGUUUGUGGUGGCCACUCGAUGGUUAACCAAAGGUAGGGUUAUCGAAAUACGAGAGUUGAAGAAACAAGGAAUGUUGCGGUUCUAUCAACAUCGUUAUUUGGGUUUGGGUAGACCGCAUCAUGUCCAAGUCAAAGUAGGCAACAUCCGAGUUGGCAACGUGGAAAGACUUCUACGAUUUGGUGCUUUAGCGAAUAAAAGUACUCCUGGAUGGUUACACUUGUUAUGGAAACAACCUUUAGGUACGUUUCCUUUACAAGUUAUAACCACCUCUGGAAAGAUGGAAAAGUUGGUGAUGCCCAUUGGUGAAUAUGAUUACUUGAAAGCUAACCAGUUGGCUAAUUUGUUGGUUUCUGGUGAUAUGUUGUCCAUGUUUCAAGAACGCAACAAUGGAUAAUCGUAUUGAAUAAAGAUUUUAAAGUUGCGCUCUUUUAGGAAUGAAAG